AUGGCUGCUCUGGAGCUAUUGGCAGAGUUCGAUCCAUUCAUUCUUGAACACAUUGAGCAACGAGAGCUGCGACCAAAACCGAUAAUAUCGUACUUAUCAAAAACAGUAUAUGAGGAAAUAAUUGAGAUUAUGGGCCGACAGAUAAUUAAACAAAUUACAACUCAAAUAAAUAACGACGACACAAAGUAUUAUUCAAUUGUGAUGGAUUCUACUCCAAAUCUAUUUCACAAUGAUCAACUUGCUAUUGUAUUACGAUACUGUUUUCGGGGGAAAGUGUAUGAAGGAUGUGUAUCCUUCAUUAAAAUUAGUAGUCAUACUGACUUACAUUUAUUUAAUAUUCUACAAGACUUUUUAGAAACAAAUGGACUACUACUGGAUAAUUGUAGGGGACAAUCUUAUGACAACGCUGCUAUGGCGGAUCACUACAACGGUGUACAAGCACUACUAAAACAAAAUAAUAAAUCCGCGGAUUAUGUACCAUGUGCUGCGCAUUCCCUUAAACUAGUUGGUGAAGAAUAUGUUAAGGUUGUAACCAAAAUUGUGAACUUUUUUGGAGUAGUGCAAAAAAUAUACGUUUUCUUUUCUACUUCGACCUAUAGGUGGGAACUGUUAAAUCGUGAAACAAAACUCAAAUUUACAUUAAAAGGUUUAAGCCAGACCAGAUGGUCUUGUCACUAUGAUGCUGUCAAAGCUUUGAGAAAUAAUUAUGAUGACAUUAUGAAAAUUUUCGAAAGUUUCAUCGAAAAUGAGGAUGAGAAAGUUGAUUUCCGAAAAGAGGCAGAAAUUUAUUCAAUAAAAUGGCGAAACUCGAUACUACAAUUUUGA